AUGCUCUCUACAGUUAACCUCCUCGGUUUCUCCAUGAUCUGUGGAUUUCCAGUUGAGACCGAGCGUAUUCUGUUGGAUCGUCACGAAAACAUGUGUAGCCUGUCCGUCACUCGUAUUGUUAUACACUUACUUCACUGGAUCCAUUACUAUGGCACUCUGAAAGACGUGCAGGCAAGACUUGGUCAGUUUAUCAGAUCAGAGGUUCCACCAGAUGCCAUUCAAUAUUCUACGCUCCUCUACCUGCGUAUCGCCUGUGUCAUUCAUGAUAGGUCGCUCUUCAACUGGAUUCUCGACAAGAACCCAUUCUUCUCUAACGACAUCUGUCUCAGCAUGAAAUCAAUGGACAGUCGCCUCGGCAUCAGUCUCUGGGCCCCGGCCUUCGAGCGUCACUUGAACUUCUUCGGCUCUGUCCUCAGAAAGCUGCGAAACCUACCCGACAGGAUCCCACCUUUUGUGCAAGAAGUGUUUGCAAUUGAGGAGUGGAAGCUCAUCCUGUACGUCUGGAACUCAUGGCUCAUGGAUCUCGCAGCAGACAAUCGCGCCCAGUAUCAGGGAGUUGAUCCGUCCAUCUUGGCUCUAUACUCGAUCGCCACUUCGGACUUCAUUCUCCCUCUUCACAGCUUCCGGUACACACCUCUUGUAGCCGAGCACGCAAACCAUUACCUUCAACAUGCCCUGAUUCAAGCNAAAGACGACACUUCUCGGUACAUCACUAUCGAUGAAAGCGAGCCCCUAGGCUUCCGGAUCAACAACAGCGAGUUCUUCUCGAAAUAUGGUUACCCGUGGGAUUAUCGUGUCGACGAAGACACAGAUGAGGAGCUGUUUAGGCUGAUCGCAACAAACAACAUUGCAGCGAUGAAUGAGGACUUGCGUCUGGACCAACAGGAGGUUCACGCUUGA